AUGUCCCAGAAUAACCUUCUUCAAGGAUACAACUGGGAGACCCAGUACGAGGAUCCGCAGAUGCAAUUCACUCGUCCUAUUCCGGACGAAGUUAUCAGUGUUUAUGAAGUUUACGUGAAAGAAGAGAGCGCAGGUUCUGACAACAGGAACGAUGUCACAGUUGUACCGAGCUUACCAACCACAAAUGAUCAUCAAUUAAUUCAGGGUGACUGCAUGAAUCUAGAUGUUGCUAUAGAUUCGGAGGUAAUUAAUAUCGACAGCAGUGUGGCGAAAUUCCUCGGCAAAGAUGCUUUCAAAUACAAGAUCGUUGAUCAGAAUGUUAAUAAGUCCGAGGACAACAUUAUGGUGUACCCGGACCCCAUGGUUGAACGGCCAUCUUCGUCCACCACUCAUCUUAUUGAUAAAGAUGACCCAAGAUCGAAGCUCCAUUUCGUGAAGUAUCUGAAACGGGAUGGGAAGACGCUCAAAAUUUGGGAAUGUGGAAUUUGUUCAAAGGAGUUCCGACACCAGUAUACGUUGAUGAGGCACUUACCAACGCACACUGACGAAAGGAACUUUAAAUGCGAGGCUUGUGGCAAAGCUUUUCGCCAGUUAUCAACUCUGAGUCAACACAAGGCGAUACACAGCGAUGCCAGGCCGUACGUCUGUGAAUUUUGCAAGAAGACUUUCAACAGAGUGUCCACAUUGAUCUCUCAUCGGAAAACGCACUCGGAACACAAACCGCACAAGUGUCAAGUUUGCGGGAAAGGAUUCCACCAAAAGGGCAAUUUGAGAAACCACGUGUUUACCCAUACGAACGAGAGACCGUAUAAAUGCGAGCUUUGCGGCAAAGGCUUCAAUCAGAUGUCGAAUUUGGUCUGCCACAAGGUCAAAGCGCAUGCACACGCGGAGAAAAUGCAGUACGUGUGCGGAAUCUGCGGCAAAGAGUUCCCGCGUCGAUUCGCUUUGAGAUCGCACGAAGAGUACAAGCACGGCAUCAAAUAUCGACAUCCGACUACGCCACAGCCAGGAAUCAACGAUCCGAACGUUAUAAGAAACAAGAAUGUUAGGAUUGUGCAGCUGCCCAAUAGUGAUCGUAAUCAGACCAUCGAAGUUAGAGAUAAAGAUCCUUUGAUUUCGUCUGAUAUGAUGGAAUCAGUGGUAAUAGACAAAAUUGAUACGAAAGCAAUGGAGAUGGCACUUUUAGAGGGUCAAACACCCUUCGCCCUUUUCAAACCGGCUAAAGGAAUUCCAGUGCUUGUAAAAGUCUCGCCAACCGGUACCCACAAAAAUAUUCUGACACCAGCUACAGCUGAGGAUCUACGAAUGGCGGGAAAGAUGAGCCUAAGUCCAAUGAUCCCAGAUGUGGACCGGGUCAAAGCUGUCCAAGUGAAAGUACCCGUGGUAGCCACCGUCAUUCAGAACAUAGAUCCUGAUGGAAAGAUGAAUUUCAUCGUUGAACCGCCUGGACCAGAAAAUGAACACGAGAGUCUCGUCACGGCAUUGGAUUCCCAGUUCACGUACACCGAGUCCCACCGGAAUGAACCAGAUCGCCAGAAUGGUCCUGUUGUGUCCACAGCGAUGGAGGACUGCAACGAGUUACUGGAACUGGCCGCCCAGGGUGGAAUACAAUUCGUGAGAGCCACCGAAGAUGGCCGUUACGAGGUGAUGACGAACAGCGAAGCGAGAGACCUGAUGGCACAGAAUUCACACGAUGUGACUAUUCUGGACGGCGAGGAAGCGGAUGCGAUCAAUGUGGUGAAUAUGCGUAGCAACGGGGAAGUCAUCAUCGGGGAUUCCGAUAAUCAGAUCAUGGUACUCGAUUCCGCUUCGACGCAGAAAUCCAUGUCGAUGGAUGGCAUCGAGAUCCUGGAGGACAAGGACAUCCGAAUUCUCGACAGCAAGAGCCUCGACGACCGUUUCGUGGACGGCAUUAGUUUCCUCUCGCAGUCGAAAAUCGAUGAUUUGAUCCUUGGUCCAAAACCUUUGACUAUCGAUAGUGGAGUUACCGUUGCCGAACACGAGGACGAGACCAUAGGAGUGCCUUCUAGCCAACAGGAGUUAACAAACAUUCUCAAUCAUCGAAGUGACAUAUCAACCCUAUCAACCACAUCUCACCCCUCCAUAUCUUCCCUCCUAAUGAAGAACCAUCCUCCAUUAUCAAUCCUAAACGACACCCUCCCUUAUCUCAAAAGCAACAAUAGCUUAACCGAAGACCUGAAUAUUCUCAACAGUUCCAUGGACGAUCAUCACUCUGUAUACGAGUCAAAAAUGAAAUUACCUUCCGUUUUUGAUGAUUCUGAAACAGAUGCUGGAUUAAUACCUAUCAGUCAAUCGGAUAUGAAGAUCCUUGGAUCGAUAACUUCAACCCCAAAGGUUCUCAGCAAUAAAAUCAAUAGUCUACCGUCAUCGAAACUGUUUUCUGAUCUGGGCGAAGUGAAAAUCCUGGGUCCGAAGAACCAUAAUCAAGAGCUGAUGGUGUCUCAGUAUCAGGAUACGAAAUUACUUAGCCCGUACGAACAGUUUUUGAAGAGUACCGCCUCGAACACGAACGGUUGCGACACCAACGCCGUGAACGCAUCCGGCGGAUGCAGAAAGGAGGUAAAGAUUCUGGGCAAGAAGUUGGGAACAGGUAUUAUUACCAGCACCGAGGAGGGCAACGUUGUGGAAGUAGUCGAGGAGAAAACUAAGCUGAUGAUGGACAGCGUUGGAGGGCUCUGCAACAGUACCGACAGUGGGGUGAUUUCAUCUCCACGUUUAGACCGACAGAUCACGGAAAAUGGCGGACCAGAUAGUUUCCUUCUUCAAGCCUGUAGCCCGUGCGGGUCAGAUUUUCUGAAUUUCGAGAAUCGUUUGAAGGACACCUCGCCAACCGGCCAUUUCGAGCGAGCUCAAAAAGAUUCUCGGGACAGUUUUAGCUCCACCGGAGGACUUCCGGAUCUCGAUUGA